AUGACUCCUAUGUUGUCUAAAAAAGGUAUUUUUCCUACCCAUCUUUUCUUUGCUGAUGACAUUAUGAUCUUUUGCAAGGGUAAUAUGAAAAGUCUUCAUAAUUUGCUCAAUAUAUUGGGUAAAUACCAAGCUGCUUCUGGGCAAACUGUUUGUCGUCAAAAGAGCAAGGUGUAUUAUGGUGGUAACUCUCUAAGCAGGUGUAGGACGAUCACGGACUUGUUAGGAAUGGAAGUUUCAACUUUUCCUGAUCGUUAUUUGGGUGUUCAAAUUAUGCCUGGAGCCGUUAAAUAUCGUCAUAUAUGUAAUGUGAUUGAGAAGAUUAAGAAGCAACUAUCGGUUCGGAAGGGGAGGUUACUUUCUUUUCAAGAUAGGGUAGUGCUUAUUAAUUCGGUGAUUGCUAGCUACUCAGUGCAUAACAUGGCGGUUUAUAAAUGGCCUCGUAAGUUUAUUGAUCAAUGUGAGAGAGUUAUUCGUAAUUUUCUUUGGUCAGGGGAUUGUGAAGUGAGCCGAAAAUUUGUUGUUGCUUAUGAGAAAGUUUGUUGUCCGGUUAGGGAGGGGGUUUAG